UAGCAUCAGAUUUAGUAUUAACAUUGCCACUGUUGUUCAUUAGUGGCCUAAUAUUAGCAUUUGUAUUACUAUAAGUAUAAGUACAUACAUUCUGUAUCAAGGUUGGCAAUGGUAAGCCCGGUAGCAGCAGAUGUAUCAUAAUACAGUCAGGAUUAGGAUCAAUAAGAUUGGCAUUACAUACUUAGUUAUAAUAAGUACUUAAAUCCUUUGCUCAAGUAAAGUAGCAAUACCAUUAUGAAAAAGUACAAACUUUUACUUAAAUCCACCAAUUUUAUACAUCAAGUUCAGUUUUCUUGUCUGGAGUACAACUCCUUCUUCUUUUUCUUCUUCUGUCUCUCUGGAGGAAGCUUUGUCAAGCCAACAUAACCCCUGAUGAUGUCAUCAGGGUUUAUCGUCAUCAUCAUCUCUGUUUAGGCUUGGAGACUACAAUUUUAUAACUGAAAGAUAGUGUUACAAACUGGGGGCAUGGAGUAUGAAGGACAUGGGCAUUUACCAGGCAGGGAAGGUUUAACAAAAGGUGGUAUUGUUUGCAUUAUGGGAAAUGUAGGAUCCAGCGUUUUUGGUUCUUGACCCAUAUUAGGUCAAGGUCAGGAUAGCACAGCAGCCAUUUAAGUAGGCUAGCAGUAAAAUGUAAUUUCACUAAAAAAAAGCCUAGUGAUAUUUACACACGGUGAGGUCAGCCAUAUGUGAUCACAUCAUUCCAUCACCUGCAUGUAAUACAAUAAAGUUCUUACUUUAGGCUACAGAAAUCCUGUAAUGUCCGUUGUGAUCUGCGUGCAACCAUUAGAUGGAGUCGUGAACGCAGCAAUGUUUGGUCCUUUGGUUCACCGGGUUCAUGGCGGAUCACUGCCAUGGGCUGCGAUGCAUUUGAGCUGACCAGAGCUCUGCAAACUCUACAAAUUAUAUCCAAGGGUCUUCCUCAACGACAGUACUCCCGAAAUAUCAGAUAAUUGGCUUUAAUGAAAUCCCUCUUCUUUUGUGAGGAUUUUAUUUUGAAAGUUUUAGUAUUGGUGGGCGGGUGUGUGCGCUUGGCAUCUCCAAGCAUUUGCGCUGUCGACGCACAUCUGGAGAGCGGGUUCGCUCUGAAUUUGAAACAAACUGCCUCCUCCUGCAGCACGCGCAAUACACUGUAUAAUAAAGACAGUGUUCAGAUGUGUCCACUUUCUGACCCGCUAUCAGUCAGCUCUUGUUUGACUCCUCUGAUGUGUCAGCGUCCCAGAAACAGUGUGAAGUGAAGCUGCACCUCGAGCCGUCGUCGUUGGACUGAUCAGCCUGGCUACAGCAGUUCCAACAGCUGGAUGAAGGCUGGAAACAUCUGCAGCGCCUGUUCCGUAGUGCGUAAAAUGAAGCAGCAGCUGGCUGGCUUUGCGCCGCUUGUCCUGGAUGAAACAUCCCAGGAAUGAAGCAAAGCGGUCUGUGUGCAUCACCGGCUGAUGGGUCGUGACAGGAACCCUUUAUCUUGAAUUAGAAUUAUCUGCAACCGUUUAAUUUGAGCAGGAAUACCCGAGAAGAUCAGACAGGAAUGAGUCAGAUUCAUUUUUCCUCUGAGGAGUUGCGUUCUCUCCCACCAAGACCCCCGAUUUUACCUGCAGCUUCACCAAAGAGACGCUUUGUCAAGUUGGGAAGGAAGACAAGUGAUGGCUCUCAGCAUUCUGUAAUUCUGUUCUUCUAUAUUCUGUUUUUCACUCUUUUACAUCGUUCAACUCCUUCAUUUCUCUCCUUUUUUGAACCAUCUAUCUCUCCUUCCCCCGUCCCUCGUGAUGGUGAGAAACUCUGUCCUACCCCUCCACAAAGGGUCAAAGUCAGAGGUGACGGUGCAGAUCAGCUGGUAGGAUCAGCUUCAUCCACUGGCAGUUCAUCCACCAGCAGAUCAGCCGAGGGUGUGGCCGUCAGACAGCCAAGCAAGAGCCGCAUCCGUCGCCAUACCAACCGCCUCUCGGGUGUCUUCCUCCGUGGCCCCACCUCCAACUCAGGCUCCAUGGCCCUGACAGCAGGCAUCAGGUCCUCGCUGUCCGUCCAAGCCAGGAAGGGAAGCAUGAUCUCUGUAGAUGCUUUAAGAGCGGACGACCCAUCUGAGCUGUCCAAUCAGAUAACUGCUCCAGGAAUCCUGAAGAUCUUUGGAAAUGAAAUCUGUGAGGGAGCUCACUAUAAGAGCGUCCUGGCCACCACACACUCUAGUGCAAAAGAACUAGUCAAAGAGGCCCUUGAACGGUAUGGCCUGGGCAAGGAGGAGGCAGAGUCCUACGUUCUCUGUGACACUAUUGGCUCCAUUGGAGUCAUUGGCGCUCAGUGGAGAACAGAAGGAUUCAGAGUCGUGGGCGACAAUGAGAAGCCCCUCCUCCUGCAGUCACUAUGGAAACCCAGAGAAGGCCUGGCGAGACGUUUCGAAAUCCAGAGGAGAAUCUCAGUGGAGGAGAAGAUAUCCAAAGACAAAGACACCAUUACUGCUGGUAUCAAUGCCCAGGCUCGAAAGCUGCAGAAGAGCCGCUCCAGAGUGACCUCCACCCUCAUAGAGAGGACCAUGGGGCGAAGCCACAAACUGUGGAGGAGCAAAAGCGAGAUGGACCUCUUAGAUUCUGAUGCAGAGACCAAACAGGAUGCAGGUCAUGAUAAAUGUCACAAGGAUCAAAGCGAGUGCCUGAAUCAAACUUCAGUGCAGAGUUACGAGUGCCCAAAAACAAGCCCAGAACAGAACCACAUUCACAGCCUCGCAGUUCCCUCCAAGGGGGACGGCGGGUCGCAGGCCAAAACAGAGACCCUCUGUCCGUCGAGGCCGAGAGGCGAGCGGGAAGGAGAGGAGUCAGAGAGGGAGGAGACGGAGAGCAGCGACGAUAACACCACACAGUACUCCAUUCACCCUCCUCACGACUGUCCAUACCUGCUGUUGCUGCAGGGCUGCAGCCUCACACAGGACUUUGUCAUCUACCUACUUGCCGAGCCAAACAUUGUAUUUGGUCGGGAAAGUGAUCAUGAAGACGGGUCAAAAUCUGACAUCCUUCUCUUUGCCACUGACGUCCUCCCGAGACACUGCUAUUUCCAUCGCCAUAGCGUCGGCAGCCCCACCAUGCUCUGCCCUUGUCAGGACGCCGUGGUCACGAGGAAUGGCGAAGUGCUGAGAAAAGAAGUGCAGCUUAACCCUGGUGAUGUCAUCGGGUUGGGACAGCGCUACCUGUUUCUUUUCAAGGAUCCCUUAGCUUUGUCACACAAGGAAGUAAACAAUGCUGCUCCUGAGCCCAGCAUGACUGCUGUCCCCUGGAUGCUGGGUCACACCACUUCUGCCACUACAACAAGCCAUACUAGAGAAAUGAUCCUCUGCAACACCUGCAUCACAACCUGCACUGACCUCCAGAGCUCAAGCAGCGAACAGUCCCUAAAUAGAGGCCUUCCCUUUUUAAACCCACCUGAAGGCCACAGCCUGACUCUGAAAUAUGAGAGUGAGGACGAGGAUCGCAUUGUCAAGGAGAUAGUUGCUAUGGGAGGUAGCAUCAAAGACAGACCACCACUGACUGUUGCAUUUUUGCUAUGUCUGUGUGUUCAGUAUUCGUCCACAUGUCUUCAUACCUCAGACUUGCGCAGGCUGCUGUUGCUUAUUGCAAGUGGAGUUCAGAGUGCCAUGUGGGAGCACACUAAGGACAUAGCUGCAGUUCAACCUGAAGUUCUCAGUGUUGAAGGCUCAAACCCAGAGGACCUCCAGGCUCUCAGUCUGCAUGAGGUGAUCUCAGGACUCUGCCCCCUGGUGGUGUGGAUGUCCAACAGUCUGGAGCUGCUACAGUUCAUCCAGUAUCAGCUGCCUCUUAUUCUGGAGUGGAGAACCCGAAAAGAGCAGGGACAGGCAGACGAAGAAGAAAGGGAAGAUGUGGAGAACAAGGAGGUGGAGAACUUGGAUAUAUGUGUCCUGUUGGAGCUUCGUCUGUCCUGUGUCCGUUCGGCCAGUGAGGAGACAAUUGCUGUCCUGGAGGAGGUCAUCAUGCUCGCCUUCCAGCAGUGUGUGUACUACAUCACCAAGGCCCUCUACCCCAUCCUGCCGGGCCUAUUGGACUGCAACCCUUUCAGGGAGAGUGCUGAGCUGCAGGUGAUUGGCGAGAGUGCUCGGGUCCUGGGUGGCGGUGGACUGCAGGUCCCCGGUGAGAUCCAGCACCUUGUGGUGGUUCUGACCGAGACCCGGAGACUACUGUCGGACUGUCAGCUCCACCCAGAGAUUUCUUCACAGCUCAUUGGCUACCUCUUCUACUUUAUCAAUGCAUCACUCUUCAACUCACUCAUGGAGAGAGGCUCUGAGCCAGGUUUCUACCAGUGGUCCAGAGGUGUACGCAUGCGGGCCAAUCUUGACUUGCUCCUGGACUGGGCCCACGCAGCUGGACUGGGAGAACUGGCCUUGGAGCACACACACACUCUCUCGUCAGCUAUCAAUCUGCUGGCUACACCUAGAAAGAAUUUACUGCAGACAUCUUGGGUGUCCUUGCGGUUUGACUACCCUGCCCUGAGUCCGGCCCAGCUGAACCACCUGCUGAGUCUUUACAGCCCAGCGUCUCCCUGCAGACACACCUGGACUCCUUCUGUUCAUGACCAGGCGGCGGCAUACAAAACCGCUGACAUCCUGGAGAGUUUUGACACCCACCAUCCUCUGGUGCUGCCAGAUGGGGGUUACCACUUCCAACUGAGAACGGAGGUAACAGAGUCGGCUCUGAGGGAACAGGUGGACAAACUCAAAGAGUUCAUUUCCACUCUUUCUGACUCACAGGUCACAGCUACUGGGGAGCAAAAGGAUGGAGCCAUUCAAAUGGAGACUAAACUGACUAAGAUGGAUAUCCUUCCAAAAGCCAGUCCGGAAACCUUGGAUACAUUGCCAGUUCAGAUGGUCUUAUCUCAGGCUACUUUCCAUGACCGCCUGUCCCCUUCUACUACCUCUGGUGCCUUACCUCCAUCACCCCCAUCACCACCCUCUCCUUCCUUCACCCAGUACAUGCAUGAGUUCAGCUCCUGUGGUGCCCUCCUUUUGUCCCAGAAGCUAAGAAAUCUGGAGCUACAGACCAGAGAGACUGAGACCAAUGAGACAAGGAGGUCGGCUCUGGACCCCUCCUGUCUCCUCACCCCACCCAACACCCCCCACAUCAUAGAUCCUGUUGAUUUGGUGAAGGCGUACCAGGAUAAAAGAAUGAAGGGUGACAGUGAGACACUUCCCUGGUCCUCUGGUGUAGAUGCACAUGAUGAAGGUGGAUUAGUGUUUGAAUGUCUGGCUGCACUGAAAGUCGACCGUUUGAAAUCAGAUUGCCCCAGGAUGAAAAGAUUUGUUGAACUAAUAGAGGAAGAGGAGGAGCAGGAGGAGGAAGAGGCAGAUGACCAUUACGAUGACAAUAAUGACGAGGUUUUUAGCUUGGAGCUGGAGCGAGGUGAAAGAGGACUUGGUCUCGCUCUGGUUGACACAAGGGACACUUCCUUGAGGGUGAAAGGCAUCUUCAUCCGUGCGGUGGUCCCAGACUCUCCUGCAGCCCGGUGUGAGAAGCUGGUACCAGGAGACAGGAUCCUGGCUGUCAACGGAGUCAGUCUGCUUGGACUGGACUACCACAGUGGAAAGGAGCUGAUCCAGUCAUCAGGUGACAGACUGAGGUUACUGGUGGCCAGAUCUGACUGGAUGGCUAAGGCUAGACAGACUGAAUGCUGACAGCAUUUUUCACUGCUUUUUUCAACUAAGACUGUUAAUGCACCAUGAGCGCACUUAAAGAUGACUAUAAGAGGUUGUUGAACAUCCAAGUUCAGGACAUGGACCUUAGUAUAAGGUUAAGAAGACAAAAAUGCACUAUGAAAUGAACUGUCCUGCUUGAAUUAGUACCGGGUUUAAGCUGCUCAAUGUAGUUUUGCAGCUUUUUAAUUUACAUUGUAAUAGCAUGAUAGUAAUUAUUGAUGUGUAUAUUUGAUGUUGUCUUCCAGUGAAUACAGCAUUUUGAGUUUGCCUCAAACAUUUAAAUUUGUUUUCUGGACACCACUAUUCAAAGCCUUGGUCCAGCUCAUUUUAAGCAGUAUAUUUAAACUCCUAAGCCUGUGACUGGUAUAGCAAUCUGCAAUCACUGCAACACUACCAUUUGUCAUUCGUUUGUAGAAAAAUAACAAGCACCAACUAAGGUGUAAUAUCAUUGCCAUUCUUGAAUUUUGUUUUUUUUUUUAAUUCAUCGUCUGGAUAAAAUGAUUGGUUUGUUACAUGUUGUUGAUAAAUGCUAGUCUGAAUGAGAAAUGGACCAUAAAAGCAUAUUGUCACGA